AUGGCCCCGCUCCCACCCAGCUGUCCACAAUUGCUAGGCAGCCAAGAUGUCAGUUGCUAUAGCGCCCAAGGCCUGUGGGCCACCUACCACUGGGUCCUCGAUAAAGUGGAGCUGAUGCUGCCAGGGAAACUGAGGCUUUUGUACAACCACCCGGCAAGUCCUUGGACAGUUUUUUUCUGGGCUCCUAUUAUGAAAUGGGGGUUGGUGCUGGCUGGAUUGGCUGACAUGGCCAGACCUGCAGAUAAACUCAGCACAGGUCAGUCCAGUGUUUUGAUGGCUAUAGGGUUUAUUUGGUCAAGAUAUUCACUUGUAAUUAUACCUAAAAAUUGGAGUCUGUUUGCCAUUAAUUUCUUCCUGGGGACAGCAGACGCCUCUCAGCUCUUUAGAACUUGGAGAUAUAAUCAAGAACUAAAAUCUAAAGGCAUCAAUUAA